CUUAUAUAUAUCCUUGAGUUUACACUAUGAUUCAACAUAAGAAAGGGAAACCUGAUCAGGAACCGAAAAAAAGAGAAUAGGUUGGGGUUGUUAAUCAACGAAAUAAUUUUCAUUCUCAUGAUAAGACUAUAGUAAACGUAAUUAUAUAUAUAGCAAUUAAAAAAAAAAAAAAUAUAUAUAUAUAUAUAGAAAUAUAGAUUUACCAAACUUUAUAGUACCCGAUGUAGAUUAAAACGAUUACUAAUGGGUGGAAAAUCUAUUAUUCCCUAUGCUUAUCACUAAGUAAUAGUUAGAAUUAGUUAUGGCAGAUAAAUAAGAAAAAGUUAAACGUAGAGUUAUUACUAGAAGUUGUAAUCAAUCUUUAGGUAUACAUACUAUCAAUAUUUUGCCAGAAUACAGACGAACGAACUAAGCGAAGGUAGAAUAUAUAAGAAAUUUUUGUUUGCGGUUUUUAACAAAGAUAGAUCAAUAUAUAAUAUUUAGAAUCUGAUUUCUAAACUAAGCACAUGGCUAGAAUGAGUAUUAUAUGCUUAAGUAGGACAUAAAAAAAUAAUAUGAUCUGACUAUUUAAAAAAUAAAAUUAAACAUUUGGAUAGUCAUACUUAUGUUUCUAAUAAUUUUAAUAUUUUUUCUUAUUUUAAAAUUUAGUUUACUAUUUUUCUCAUUAUAAAAAAGUAAAACAUGUCCAAAAUGACCAAAAAAUCAAAAGUCUUAAAAGAACAAACAAAAGUUCAAAGUAUCUCUUUUUCUAAUUUUUCCAAAUAAUUUUUCCAUAUCUUUAACCUACAUUCACAUGAUUGGUCAAAAGAAUGCGAUAAAUAAUUAAAAUAUUUUGAUAACAACCAACACUUUUAACUAACUCAAAAACUUCGCCAGGUUUUAUAAACGGGAAAAAUGUUAAACAAAUCCUCAGCUUUUUCAUUUGGACCAUUAUAAUCCCCAGGUUCCUAACUGACCAUAAAAACCUCAAAUUUUUUGUCGAUUGGAUCAUUUUAAACCCGGCGUUAAGUUCACUAACAGAGCGUCUAAACGCAGUUAAUUUUCGUCGUUAACCAAAACGACGUCGUCUUCUCCUCAAUUAAAAAAACACAUCUUCCUCAUUAUCUCUCAAAAUCGAUUUGGGGGUUUUCUCAAUUAAGAACCCUAAUUUCACGAUUUCGCCAGAAAGAAGAAGAGAGAAGAUGGGUAAUAAAAAGAACAAGAAGUCUCGACAAGGAAAACUCGGUGGUGCCAGUUCUGUAGCGAAAAGAAAAGGUGGAGUCGACGACGAAGCUGAUGUACGUAAGAAGAAAAAAGCAAAACAGAUGCACUCGACAGGGAAGAAGAAGGAGAAAUCAGCGAGGAUGACUGUGGUAUUGUCGGUGACGACGAAGCUGAUGAAGCCCCAGACAACGAAGAAGUCCCAAACAACGAAGAAGUCCCUGAUGAAGCAAACGGUCAUGGUGGUAUCAAGGAAGAAGCUGGUCGCGAUUUGACUGUCUUCUUCGGAGAAGUAGCGAGGAAUGAUGAUUGUGAGAAUGAUGAAGAUAGUGGGGACGAAUGGUAUUGGGAGCAUGAAAAAGAAGUUCCGGAUCCUCUAUCAUCAGAUGAUGAAAAUGAAGAACAAUCGAUUCCCAGUUUAGCCUACAGAGAAGAUGUGGAUCCAGAGGCAAUGCUUGGGCUGGGAAACACUUUCUCCACUGCUGAAGAAUUCAAGCAUACCCUUCUCAGGUAUACAUUAAAAACCCGACGCAACAUCGAGCUUUACCGGUCCACUGCUUUGAAGUUAGGUGCGAAGUGUGAAGAUGGCUCGUGUCCCUGGAGGGUGUAUUGUUCUUAUGAGAAGAGCAAACAGAAGCUGAUGAUCAAAUGUUAUGUGAAUGAGCACAAGUGUGAGAUAACAGGACACUCAAAGUUUUUGAAGUGUUCUACUAUAGCAAUGUUGUUCGCUGAGAGGCUGAGGUUGAAUCCCAAAAUCACCAAGCAUGAAAUUGCUUCUGAGAUCCAGAGAGAGUAUAGGAUGUUUGUGAGUGUGGAAGCUUGUGGGAAUGCGAAGACAAAAAUUAUGAAAGAAAGAAAAGCAAGCCACGAAGAACACUUCAACAAGAUAUGGGAUUAUCAAGCUGAGAUUUUUCGAACCAACCCUGGCACUACAAUGGAUAUCGAAACCAUCCCUGGACCGACAGUAGGAAGUAAACAGAGGUUUUUCCGGCUAUAUGUUUGCUUUCAUGCGCAGAAGGAGACUUGGAAGACUUCUUGUAGACCAAUAAUGGGUUUAGAUGGAGCUUUUCUAAAGUGGGACAUAAAGGGUCAUCUCUUGGCUGCUGUAGGACGUGAUGGAGACAAUCGGAUUGUUCCGAUUGCAUGGGCAGUAGUAGAAGUGGAGAAUGGCACGAAUUGGGACUGGUUUGUGAGACACCUCGCAAAUGACUUGGGAUUAAAGGAUGGCAAAGGCUAUGCUAUAUUGUCUGACAAACAAAAGGGUUUAGUGAAAGCAGUCCACACCAUUCUUCCAGAGGUUGAGCAUAGACAGUGUUGUAGACACAUUUUCGAUAAUUGGAAGAAGAGCAGCCAUGACAUGCAGCUACAAAGACUCUUCUGGCGAAUAGCAAGGAGUUAUACAAUUGGAGAUUAUAAAAUGUGGAGUGAGAGGCUGAAAGAGUACAAUCCAGGCGCCUAUGCUACUCUUCAAGUCACCAAACCAGAAACUUGGUCCAGAGCAUAUUUCAAAUUAGGGACCUUGUGCAACGAUAAUCUCAAUAACCUAAGUGAGUCCUUCAACAGAACCAUCCGUGAAGCAAGAAGAAAGCCAUUAUUGGAGAUGUUAGAGGAUAUAAGGAGACAGUGUAUGGUUCGAAACUUCAGAAAGGCUGUAAUGGCUAAAAAUGCUAAGACAAAGUUCACAAAAAGGACGCAUCUUCAGAUGGCUAAAGUGGAGUCAAAGUCUAAGGAUUGUAUGAGCUUUCCAGCAGUUGGUCCAGUCACAGAGGUUGAUUAUGGUGGUGUGGCUUAUGCUGUGGAUAUGGAUGAGCUAAGUUGUGGGUGUAUCCAGUGGCAAAUGACUGGAAUUCCUUGCAUUCAUGCCGCCUAUGUGAUCCUUAAAGAUGGUAAAAAACUUUCUGACUUUGUAUCUCCUUGUUAUACCAUAGCUAUGUGGCGUCAAACCUAUAGUAUGGGGGUAAGGCCUGUUCAAGGGAAGAACCUAUGGCCUGAGACGGGUAGAUUAGGUGUCCUCCCACCACCUUGGAGAAAAGGAAACCCGGGAAGACCAAAGAACCAUGAUAGGUUCAAGAGCAAGGGUGAGACAGAGAAGGGCCCGAAAGUCUCUGCAACUGAUAGCACGAAGCUAACUCGUGCUGAUCGAGUUAUUACAUGUUCUAAUUGCAAGCAAGAGCAUCAUAACAAGAAGACAUGUAAGAAUGACUUUGUUGAAAGUCAGCCCAAGAAACCACGAGGUCGCCCUAGGAAAAAUCAGGCAAGUUUCAAGAUGUUUUUGGUUUGUUUCUGAUCUUCUUAUGCUCACUUGAUUUUCUUUUUCAUUGUCAGUCUAAUGCAUCAUCGUCACAGCCAAGCCAGGGACAGUCUCAUGCUUCAUCAUCACAACCAACCCAGCCACAAGUGUCAACACAGCCACGAGGGGAAUCAACACAGCCACAAGGGUCAGGGAGAUGGGAACAAGCCACACAUGCACCACCAAACUCAGAUGCGUCGGUAUGGGGUCGAUGGUUUUCAUGAUUUCGAAGUUAGAAGGGGCAGAAGCAGAAGAUAGUAUUUUCGGAUUUAGUGUUUUGAAGUUUUAGUGUUUUGACACUCAUGUUUCAGUUUUAGUGCUUUGACACUCAUGUUUCAGGUUUAUGUCUUGUGUAUCAGUAUUUUCGGAUCUAUUUUGUAGUGCUUUGACACUUAACUUAUGCUAUGUUUCAUCAAGCUUUAUUUAAGAUUGGUUUGUAUCUCAAACAACAACAACAACAACAACAACAACAACAACUUAGUUCAUUACUUCAAACAACAACAUAGUCAAUGAAACCAACAUAAUAGUCACUAAAUUAAGCCCCAAACAUAGUCAAGACCAAACAUUAAAAUUGUCACUUAAUCAAGUAAAUACAACAAGACACAAACACCAACAAUUUAGUUCUUCACCUCAAGCAAAUAACUAACUUAAUUCUACAUCAAACUAACUAGUAGGACAAUGAUGAUCACGCACAUGAUCACAAACAAGAUCGUCAUCAUCACCUUACACCUCUUCACCUCUUUUUUGGCUCUUACAACCUCUUCCAUCAACUCAGUGACCACGCCUUUCAAAUCCUCAAUAUCAGAUUUUUCUUUGUUAAGCUCAGCUUCAAGCAGUACAAUCUUUGGUAAGGCAUCUUGAACCUCUUCAUAAACAGCAUCCUCAACCCAUUUAAACAAGUGGUUCUAUGCAAAAACCAUAAAAUUUUAGGCAUAUUUCUUUAUGUUCAAUUUGAAUAAACGACAACAAUAUAAUCAAGAAGAUAAGAAGCUACCUUUCUUCUCGUAAGACAUCUGAAGAAAGGUCUCCCCGGAUUCUUGUUAGUCUCAGACGUGUAGAUUGUUGUCUUAGUCCCGCAAACACAGCUCGCCGGAAACCCGCGAAUACCGUAUGUGUUCACGGUUGAACUCUCAGCUGUCAAAUCCGAACUCAUCUUCGUGCUAUGGGAAGUCAGUCGUGUGGGAUUGGAGGAUUUUGAGUUGUAAUCGCAAAUUUUAGGGUUGGUGUGUCAAGAAAAUCCCCAAAUCGAUUUGGGGGAAAAUGAUAUUAGGGUUUCGGAUCUUAUUUUGAAGUUUAAGAUAAAACGUUGUCGUAUUGGCUAACUGCGCAAAUUAACAGGGUUAACAUGUUCCGUUAGUCUAAUUAACGUCGGGUCUAAUUUGAUCCAGUCAAAGAAAAGUUAGCUGGUUUUUUUAAAGUCAAAGAAAAGUUUAUUGUUUUUCAGGUCUUUCCGAAAGCUGGGGAUUAUAAUGGUCCAAAUGAAAAAGCUGAGGAUUUGUUUAACAUUUUUCCCUUUUAUAAACACAACACGUAAAGUAAUUUACAAGAUUCUCAAUUCAGAAUAAAAAUGAUUUACAGUAUUUAGCCAUUGUAUAAGUUAUUUUCAGAGUCUCUAUUUAGAGUAUUUCAGAUCCAAAUAUGUUUUGGAGCAAUGUGGAGAUUAUGGAGCAUUUUAGAGCUUAUGGAUGAAAAAACUUGCAGCUUCUCAAGAAACUAGAAGACAGAGCCGACAUUCAGAAAAGUGUCGAUCGACACCUCUUCCUUGGUGUCGCUCUACAUCCGCGCAAGUAGACGGGCCCGACUUGUUUCAAGCCGACUCAAGCCCAAAAUUUCCACAUAUUACAAGAUUGCUCCUGGCAGACUUUAUACCUAAUAUUUAUAGUUUUUGGUAUUGUCUACCCAAAACACACAUCUUACAAACCACCUUAUACAUAUUCACAGAGCUUUUAGUUUUAGUAGUUUUUGGAGAGAAGAUCAAAGACUCAUUCAGAAAUUUGUAUAAGAACUCUGAUAUCUCUUACUUUAUUCUAUUCAUGCAAUUUCGUUCACUUAUUCUUUAUGUCGAAGUAACCAUCAUGUUGGAUUUAGUGUUUUAUUAAGGUUUCAAUGAAUUAUUGAUACAUAGAACUGGUAGGAUAAUUUAUGAGAUCCUUCCUAGAAUUGAUCUAACUCCUUGUGUUCUAUAAUAGCUAACUAGAACCCUGAACAUAGGAUUAUAGACAACCACACAAGUGAGUUCAUUACGUGAUAAUAAUCCUGCUGAGCUAGGUUUUUAGGCGCAUGCGAGAGCUGGUUUAAUCAUCAGGUCAACAUAUCGAUUAGGCAUUAAUGCUUGUUUAAAUAGGUAUCGAUCGAAACAAUGUAGUAUCGAUCGACAAUCGCUCCUCAUUCUUACGCGAGAGCUAGAAUAUUGGAUUAAAGAUCUGAUUAGACUCGCAGCAAGAGCUGGAUAUUUUACUAUUGCAUUAGAGUUCUAGAUCGGUUCAUCACACACCCUUAGCAUCUAUAACUGAUAAUUAUGAUUGCCUGAAAUCCGAAGUCUAACUUUCAUCCCAAUAUCUUACAACCGAAUAUUUACUUAUUUAUUGCUAUUUAAUACUUUGAUAAUUACUUCCCUAGCUUAAUAUUGAUUUUUAUAGUUUAUUGUGUGACCACGCUCCAUGUGGAUUUGAUCUUUUAGUACUACAAUUCGAUAUCUUAUUUGAGAGAGAAGGUUGCUCUAGGUUAAUUUGAGAAAUAUCAACUAGGUUGCUCUAGGUUAAUUUGAGAAAUAUCAACUACUAUGAAAAAACCUUUGUGAAAAUUAGUACAAUGUUCUCAUACUUUACUUUCAUCGAAUGCUUUUAAUGUUCUCAAAUCAAAUAAAAAAACCAAAAACACUUUUAAAAUUCAUCAUUUGAUUAAAUAUGUUUUUGACUCAAUUUAUUUCCAUGUCAAUUAAAAAUAAUUAACUCUAAAAAUCAUCUUCACACUCUAGUAUUUUUUUUUCAUGUAACUGAGUUUCGUCAAACUGUUUUUUUUUCAAAAGAUUUAACAUUUAUGUAAAUACAGGAUCAACAUCCAUAUCAUGAGAAAUACAUUGAGUUAUACUUAAACUAAAAGUAAACCCUUCAUGUCUAUACUUCCCCAAAAACAGAAUUAAACUACACCUUCUAAUUGUUUCAAAGCAUUAUCAAUGCAUACAGAUUUAGCUUGUAAGUUCAAAUAAAACUGACUUGUGGAGCUUGAAAUCUAAUUGCAUUGAGACUUUUGAUUGAGACUCUUCCUAGGAGUACUGUAUAAAGAUUUCACUCUAAAAAGAACAUUGUCAAAUUAAAUCUUCUAUCUCUUUGUAGAACAAGAAAUUAAACAAGGCAUAUACAUAUACACUGCAAAUUUCCAAAGAAUGAAAUAGCUUUUACACACGAAUAAGCCACAUCACUAACAACAAUAUUAAGACUAUGACAAUCACACAAUAUGUACAAUGCUUUUAGAUUUAUAUCAAAAAAUUAUUUUCUGAACACCUAGAUGUUUUCCUUUCCAUAUUGGAACCACCAUUAUAACAUUGAUCACUCACAUUACCAACAUUAAUAGUAAGAGACUUUAGAGAAUCUAACAAUUUUCAAACAGUCCUAGUCUGGAUGUGUCAUCUACCAUAUGAAACUCUAAGAAAUACUCUUGUACUCUUAUAUUUUUAUUUUAUAGAUUCACAUAUUACUACUAGAGUCAUUUGUUCUUGGUGGCCCGCAUCCGGUAUCCGGUGUACAAUCAAGAAUGACAAAAAAAUAAUUUCCUCUUUAAUGACUUAUACAAAGGAAAUUUAAACAUUAUGAGCUAAAAGAGAAAUAAGCUCAUUCAGAAUAUUAUUACCCAAAUAAUGAUGAUGGAUUUCUAGACUUUGAAUGUGUCUAUUAUGAGUUUGAAUUACCAAGUCAAGUUCUGCAAUCAUCUCAAUAGAGCUUAAGAAAUUAUCAUUGUUAUCUUGAUAAAGUUUUUCAUUUUUCCUCUAAAUGCGAAAUUCCGUUUAGCAAGAAAUUUCACUUCAACAAUUAUUCUAAUUAAAAUAAGCCUCCAACGCUCUUUUGCUUUUGUAAUUUUUUCGUAAUCCUUUAUCACUCCUUAAUUUUUCUCCAUUCUAACUUUUAAUACAUUCCAAGUUUUCAUGUUAGUCAUAUGAUCUACUUUUUUUAUCAUGGUAUUUAAUCCUCUCACUGAGAUGCUUCCAUUCUUUUGAUUUAUCAUUAGCUAACGAACUUAAGAAAACAUUAGAUUUAAAAAACUUGCCACAAAAACAGCAACAUAUGUCCUCAUGUUUAGAGUAAACCAACCAAUUUUAUCACUAAUUUCCCCAUUACUCAACUUAGAAUCAUAAGCAUAUGAAAACCAUCUAGAGCUCUUAUAUAAGGGAAACACAAGAUUCAUUGCUUUUUUAAACCUCUUUUCAACUAACAAAUCUUCCAUGUUAUUAUCAAGGUUGUUCCAAUGCCUAGGAUCAUAUAUAUCAAUGAAUGAGCCAUUUUUUGUUCAUGAACAUUCAAGCCUUCAACAUUAGAUUCGUCUAACACAUUAUUAUGCCCGCUCAAAUGAUCAUUUGAUUCAGUACUAUUAUCCUCUUAAUAGCAGGUUCAUGAUAUUUAUUAGAAUUUUCUCAUAUCACAAAUUUAUCCAUAGAACCUUUCUGAGAUUUUAUAAACAAUUCUGCUAACUUGUUUUCUUUUCCUUUUUUGAUAUCCCAAUAAGUAAUUCUCAGUCAUAAUUUAAGCUAAAUAUCAAAUAACCCGAAAAUAUCACCUUGUAAUAUGAAUUUCCAAGGAAGUGAGUGAACCUGAAAUUAGAAAAACGUUUAAAUUCAGUUAGACCAUUCACUGUACACUAAAUCAUAUACAAUACGUCAAUGAUUAAAACAAUAUAUAGGAACGUUUGAUGUGGAGAAACACUUAUAGAGACAAAAUAUAAAUUGUAUCAUAACUAAAGUGAUUUUUCGUAGUUUUCCAGAAAAAAAUUGUGUGAACACAAAAAUAUAGAAUAAUAACAAUAUAUAAAGAUCAUAGAUCAAUAAUCUAAAAACGAAAUAUUGGCCAUGGUGAAUUGCUAAUUUAGAGAAAGGUUUUGUAAGAAACAAGUUUUAAAAAGACCAUUAAACCUUACUCAAAAAUAUUGUCUCUACUUCAACAAAACUAAGUAAAACUCUUUUUAUGGCAAUUGGUGUCAUGAUCCAUAUCAGUUAGGAAGAAUCUGCGCACAAGGGAAAUAGAAGGGGACAUAUGUUGUGCCCGUUGUGGAGCUUCAGACGAGUCGAUAAAUCAUGAAUUGUUCUUUGAAUGCCCUCCAGCACUUCAGGUUUGGCGUUAUCAAAGAUCUCAUCAAACCCAACUAUUUUUCCAACUAGUUCCAUAUUUACAAAUAUGGAUCACUUUUUCUGGAGAGUUCUUUCGCAAAUGGAUGAUCAUCAGUUUGCAUAGAUACUAUGGUACAUUUGAAAAGGAAGAAAUAAUAAAGUAUUUAGCAAUUUGGACAUGGAUCCCACGGAAACAUUCAAAUUGGGGGAAACCAAAUCAACACUUUAGGCGGAGGCACAUGUGAUGAACACCUAGAGGGCAGUACAAUCUGCAGAGGUUACGACCCUACCGUUAAUCCCAGGAUGCUGGUAUUUUACAGACGGUUCUUGGAAAGAAAAUGACAUUUUCUCCGGACAAGGUUGGUAUAGUACUCUAGAAGGUUUUGAUGGUUUGAUGGGGGCAAAAAAUGUCAGGGGUAGUCUCUCUCCGCUUCACACGGAGGUGGAAGCGCUAAUAUGAGCAAUGAAAUGUAUGAUGAACUUACGUCAGUUUCAGGUUACAUUUGCAACGGAUUAUUCUCAAUUGGUGAAGAUGGUUUCAGAACCAGAAUAAUUGCCAGCUUUUGCAAGUUAUUUAGAUGAUAUCAAGAUCCUGAAAAAAAGCUUCCCCAGCUCAAUGAUCAUUCAUGUACCACAAACGCAAAAUUCAAAGGCGGAGAGCCUAGCACGCAGUGUCAGGAGUCAACUGUCUUACGUCGUUCACAUGGAUGUGGAAUCACCCGUUUGGUUUACACAGUCAAUAUGAGUUUGUAUAUGUUGAUGACAAAAAAAAAAAUUAAAACUCUUUUUAUGGGCUCCUUUUUUCUAAGGCCCAAAAUGUCCAUCCAUUGACAAAUUCUUUAAGGUAGCCUUGGACUUUACCAAAUAUUAUUAAAUAUAUUAAAGUAUUAGUAAAAUAUAGAGAUAAUUCAGUUGUAAAUAUAAAACAAACAAAUAAAAUGUUUAAUUUGUAUUUAUAUUGUUUAUAUAUAUAUAUAUAUUAUUAAUUUAUGAUUUAAUGAAAUUAUGUGUAUAUAUAGGAUUUUAUCUAAAAAUUGUUAUCUUAGUAUCUUAGCGAUUUGUAUCAUUUCUGAACUGGUUCAUUUCAGAAGCGAUGAAAUUUACUAAUUUAUUGAGUAUUAAUUUAUAAAAAAAUUACUGUAUAUAUUAUUUUUUGACUAGUGCAUUAUUUUCUUAUGGUAACUGUAAAAUUUCUAUAACAACAAUACAAUGGUAUCCUAUCAAACAAACAAAGGAAAUCAAAAGUGGUAAAACUAUUAUUCAUGAAAGCAAAAGUCAUAACUAACUAUAUAUUGUAUUUAAUUUCGUAAGAAGCUUAGUUGCAUGUUUGAAGUAAUGAAUGACAUAACAUUUGUAUGAAGAAAUUAGUGCAGUUUCAUUUCAAAUUAACAUUAUUAAAAAUGGUAUUUUAUAUCCAAACGUUACAGUUUUUAUUUAGGAGGUGAUUGGUCUAUUAUGGGUUAAUUGGAGUACUAGCCAUAGGAAGAAACAAAAUUAAGAAAAUAACCAUAAGCAUUUGAUGUGACAGGUUUGCUUAUGAGUAGACAUUUUUCUCAUUCACCGCGAGUCAACAUAUGAAACAUGCGCUGGCUUUAUCAAUAACAGGGUACAUAAUACUAUUAUGUUUUCUUAUUUGCAAAUAGAACAAUCUAUAUAAUAAAAGACAACAAAUCAAACGAGGGAGAGGGAGAGGGAGAGGGAGAGGGAGAGGGAGAGGGAGAGGGAGAGAGAGGGAAGGUGAGAAAGAUAUGUGUUGUAAAGUUAUGGUUAUAUUAUAUAGUGAGAUUGCAUCCUAUAUACACAAGUUUUUUUCUAAUUAAGUCACUAUCCUAUUCCAUAUCAUGGUGUCUUUAUUGAUAGACACCAAACUUGUCAAAUCAUGUGUAUUUAUCUAAUUUCAAAUUUCUUUGUGGUUUUUUUAACUAAUUGACUCUAUUAUAUAUUUCCUAAAUAAUAUAGAACACAACAAAAUUACAAUAUAUGAAUAAGAAAUAGAACUAUACUAUAUAAAUGUAAAAUAUAGUAUAGAUUUAAAACUUAGUUUAUGUAAUAUAGAUUAAAUUUAUAGAAAUAUUUUUUAAAAAAAUUUUCAAAACAUAUUAUGUAGAAAAAUCUAUGUUUUUAUUAUGUAAAAUAUAAAACUGAAUAUUUAUAUUAAACAAAACUAAUAGCUAUUAAAAAUAGAAAGGGAAACAUGAUUGUAACCAAAAAAAAGAAAAAAAGUAAUAAAAAAAUAAGUCUAGACAAUCCUAGAUAAAGGGAUGAAAUGACAAUUAAUAUAUAAUGUAUAAGUUAUAUUCUAACCAUGACUUUCUAAUGGUUACUUGGUGAAUUAAUGUUUUUUUAUGGCUAUUGUGUGCAAAUUCCCACUGGUCAUAUAUAGGUGUAGAUACUUUAGACAACAAAUAUUUAGUCUAUUACUAUAUAUGUUUACCAAUUAAAUUUUUCUUUAAAAAACUACUGUUUAAAAUUCUCUAGAUAAUUAAAAUUGAUGUAGAGAAUUUUAUUUCUAGAGAAAAAAUAGUGUCUUACAAAGUUACAGUGAAAUAUUUUUUACAAUAAAUAAAUCUUCAACUUAAAUUCUAAAACCAAAAACGUAAAAUUAAAGCUCAUUUUCACUAGCUAGGUUAGAUAGUAGAAAUAGAAUCUCUAAACAAAUGAUCGAUGCUCCAACAAACACUACAAAAACAUAUAAACCGGUUAUAAAAAAAAAAUUCUACAAC